GAGGUUAGCGCAUGAAUUUAAACAAAAAUGUUUUGCACAGCAUCUCGUAUUUGUCUUACACGACUAAUUACUACAAGACAGCUGUCCUCAAGUCACCAAAAAAUCGUAGUUACUGAUCAAGGCAGUACAAUAAUAGCCUGGCAUCCAAAAGAAGACUUUCCUUAUGAAUGCACUCGCCCAUUACCAGUAGAACAAGAAAAUGAAACUGCCACCGUUUUAAAAACAACAGUUACACCUGAAUUAUUAGGUAUAUUCAAUAAAAAGACAGCAGAACAAGCAAGACAAGAGUUAAUGAAUAUCACUCAUACCACCAAACACAGAUGGUUCCCCAGGGCAAGAGAUAAGAGAGCAAAGAAAACUCCCAUGGACAGAGAAUAUUUGUAAUUGUCUAUAGUGAUAAACAAGAAAUUUUAAUAAAAAAAUGUUAAAUGCAAUUUUGUUGCUUUUAGAUGUUCUGAAACAAUCUUAUCAUGCAAUUUUAACAAUGUAUUGAAUAAUUACACACUAGAUAGGUUUUUAAAAAAUGGUUGUUUGUGUGAAAUAAUUUUGUUGAAGACUAAAAGAAGGAUUGAAUCC